AUGGAUAGUGCUAAAAUUGUCAACAUUAUUAUCGCUUUGUUUCUACCUCCUCUAGCAGUUUUUCUAGCUAAAGGCUGGGGUAAGGAGUGUAUCUUGGAUUUGAUUCUCACCAUCCUAUUUUUCUUCCCCGGUAUGCUGUACGCCUUGUACGUUGUUUUGACCGACUAA